AUGAUAACAUCUGAUACAUCAACAACACCAAGUCACCAAUCGCCGUCGUCAUCGUCGUCAUUAAAUGAUUUGGCAGAUAUUUUAAUUCAAAAACUUGACAGAUCAAAAAUUUUUCCUCCACAUCUUAAUAAUCCCGAGCAGUUAAUGAAUUUGACACGUAGGAGCGAUGAACGUCCUCCAAGACCUCCAAAUGGUUUCCUGUUAUGUCGUAAAAAUGUACAUCAAGAAGCAAAAAUAAAUGGGAUAUGCAACAUGAGAGUAAUAAGUAAAGUUAGUGGUAUGUUGUGGAGAAGCGCCUCACCAGACGAGAAAGAGCAAUAUGAAAAGUUGGCCAUACAAGUGCAUAAUCUCCACUCUGAAAAAUACCCAAAUUACAAAUAUAGACCUAACAAUACCAUCGUAAACACUAAUCUAAGUCACCACCAUCAUCAUCACAAUAAAUUACCAUCUGCCACCUUUUCACCAUACGGUUUGCCAUCUCCACCCUACUCAAAUAUCUCAACACCUACAAUAGCAACCACGCUACCUUAUUUUCAUCCAAACCAUCAUCAUUAUCCUGGACAUCACCAUCCAAACCAUCACCUUGUAAAUCAUCACACUAGUCAUCAACAACAACUCAAUCAUCACUCUCUUAGUCAUCACUCGCUCAAUAAUAAUAAUCAAAAUCAUCACCAAUUAAGUCAUCACUCACCUCUUCCUCAUCUUCCUCAUCUUAAUCACCCUCUUCCACAUUCGCAACAACAACUUAAAAACAUCACGAAACAUCACACCACCAACAAUCACAUUAAUCAUCAUCAAUCACCAUCUUCUUCUUCUCAUCAUCAUCAUCCAUACGCUAAUCAUCAUCAUCACCAUCAUCAAUUUAUACCAUCAUCAACAACAGUGGCUACGAAUAAUAAUAAUAAUACACUUUCGCCAAUCAAGUAG